GGUGACAGGGACCGCUGACGGCGCUGACGUCACUUCUCAUUUAUAUGAAAAGAAAAUGAAUUUUGUAUUUUGUAUCUUUUACAUUUUUUAUUAGAUUUCUGAACCGAACGAUAUUGUAUUAAAAUGCCCAAGAAAAAGACAGGGCAGCGAAAAAAAGCAGAGAAGCAAAAGCUCAGGCAAAAGGAAAUUCGAACAGCCAAAGAGAAUAUUCAACUUGCAGAACAUCCAUGUAAUAUUGCAAUGGAAUGUGAAAAAUGCAAUCGCAAACAGAGAAGUAGAGCUUUCUGCUAUUUUUGUCAGAGUAUUCAAAGAUUGCCAGUAUGUGCUCAAUGUGGAAAAAUGAAGUGCAUGCUCAAAACAGGAGAUUGUGUAAUCAGACAUCCAGGAGUGUACACUACAGGAAUGGGCAUGGUGGGUGCCAUAUGUGACUUUUGUGAAGCAUGGAUUUGUCAUGGGAGAAAAUGUCUUCAAUCUCAUGCUUGUAGUUGCCCAUUACAAGAAGCUGUUUGUAUUGAAUGUGAACGAGGAGUUUGGGAUCAUGGAGGACGUCUCUUUAGGUGUUCUUUCUGCACAAAUUUCUUGUGUGAAGAUGACCAGUUUGAGCAUCAAGCAUCCUGUCAAGUUUUAGAUUCAGAGAAUUAUAAGUGCCAAUCCUGUAAUAAACUUGGGCAAUAUUCUUGUUUGAGAUGCAAAACUUGCUAUUGUGAAGAUCAUGUCAGAAGAAAAGGUUUCAAAUAUGAUAAGAACAAGGCUAUUCCUUGUCCUAAAUGCAAUUUUGAAACAUCUCAGACAAAGGACCUUAGCAUGUCAACUCGUAGUCACAAAUUUGGACGUCAAGGACAGUCUGGGUAUGAUGAAGAAUAUGGAAAUGAAGCUUCAGGAAGUUACAGUUAUGGAACUGGUGAUUUUUAUGAAGAUGAAGAUGAUGAUGACUAUGAAGAUUCUGAUGAUGAAGAAGAGGAAGAAAGUAGUGAAGAAAGUUCAGAUGAAAACACCAAUGAGAACAAGGAAAAAUAGAAACUGAAUAUAAUGUGCCUAUGAAAUUGAAUUUUUUUAAUAUAUUAAUUCUUUACAUUAUUCCC